AUGCCGAUUGAUGUGGUGAAGUUCUUCUAUGGUGGGCUCCGAUACGGCAUGUAUGCGCCGAUCCGCAACAUGAUUGGAGUCGAUGCCAACACACCGAAGCACUUGAUCCCGUUCCACAUGAAGUUCCUUGCGGGCGGCAUAUCCGGGGCGCUUGCCGCCUUUUUCGCCAACCCAACAGACCUCAUGAAGGUCAGACUUCAAGUGGAUGGGAUGAAAGGAUCGCCACCGCAAUACCGCGGAAUGUGGCACUGCUUCCGCACGAUUGUGAAGCAGGAGGGGGUGCUUGGGCUGUGGAAGGGUUCUGGCCCCACCAUGGGCCGCGCCACCACCCUUGCCGCGGUCGAGCUGUCGUCCUACGACGAGAUCAAGAAACAGCUGACGGAGCGCGGGCUUGUGCAGCCGCGCACUGUAUCGGGCGUGCUUGUCACGUCCAUGACCACGGGCCUCAUCUGCGCCCUCACCUCCAGCCCUUUCGAUGUUGUGAAGAGCCGCGUGAUGGGCCAGCCCGUUGGGCCAAAUGGACGAGGCAUCCUCUACUCCGGCAUGAUCCACUGCUUUGCCAAGACGGUGCGGACGGAAGGGGUGCUGGCAUUGUACAAAGGCUUCUUUCCAAACUGGGGGCGGCUUGGUCCCAGAGCGGUCAUGUGUUUUGUGGUCAUGGAAACACUCAACGAAUGGCUCAAGCACUACUGA